GGCUCCGGGAGCUCCGGCACUGCCGAACCGGGCCCGGGACCUCCGAGCGGCGAUGGAGCCCUGGAUCCUCCUGCUGGGGGCAGGGCUCGCCCUGGGCUGCGUGUCCGGCCAUCUGUACACAGCCCCCGACUCGUGCGAGGGACGCUGCGGGGAGCCCCUCAAUGAGGAGGACGAGUGCCACUGUCACCCCGAGUGCCAGGCACAGCACAACUGCUGCGAGGACUACGAGAGGCACUGCGGGCCCGGUGGGGAAGGCGCCGAGGGCGGAGCUCGAGCCCGCGACGGAUUCUCCAGCAGCAGCGACUCCAUCACGGAGCAGGAGCUGCUGCAGCUCUCGGAGCAGCUCUACGCGCUGGAUCACAACAAAGCCCGGCCCAGCGACAUCGCCAUCAACCCGCAGCACCUGGCGGGCCCCGGCGACACCGGCGACAAGCAGGACCGGUCCCCGCAGCCGCUCUACAAAUACGUGAACGAGCAGCUCUUCUCCAAGCCCACCUACGCCAGCUUCAUUAAGCUGCUGGAUAAUUACCAGAGGGCCACGGGCAGGGAGGAGGAGGUGACGGCCGAGGAGCUGCGGGAGCAGGAGCGUUUCCUCGAGGAGGUGAUGAAAACGGAGCUGAUGAAGAAACUCUUUGUGUUCCUGCAGGGAAAAAACCGCUACAGCUCCGAGCAGGAGUUCCUGCAGGACCUGAAGCAGAUGUGGUUCGGCCUCUACUCCCGAGGGGACGGAGAGCGCGAUUCCAGCGGCUUCGAGCACGUGUUCUCAGGGGAGGUGAAAAAGGGAAAAGUGUCUGGAUUUCACAACUGGAUCCGCUUCUACCUCCUGGAAAAGCAGGGGGUCGUCAACUACUUCAGCCACAACUUCAACGGGCCGUGGGACACGUACCCCGACGUGCUGGGGCUGCAGUUCAGCUGGGACGGCUUCUACAAGGAGGUGGGCUCGGCCUUCAUCGGCUGCAGCCCCGAGUUCGAGUUCGGCCUCUACUCCCUCUGCUUCCUCGCGCGGCCCGGCCGGGCGUGCCACCUGAGCCUGGGCGGGCACCGCCUCAGCGUGCAGACCUACCCCUGGACCAAGUCCACCUACGGCAGCGGCAGGAGGUUCAUCGCCACCGCCUACGUGAUGUCACCCUGAGGGGACAGGGCGGGGGGCGAG